UGAAAUAACGGCCGUUUGUUGUGGCGUUCAUUGUCGGAGCAGCCAGAGCGCGCAGAAAGGCUCUGUAUCGAUUUAUGAGGUGCUUUGAUUUUAAUAGUUUGACUUUUUAAAUGAGUGAUAAAAGCGAGAGUAAUGAUGAUAAAAGUAAAAAUCGCAGCGUGGUGUAUGUGUACAGUCCGGAGUACAUCCAGACGUGCGACUCGCUGUCUAAAGUGCCGAACCGGGCGAGUAUGGUGCAUUCAUUGAUUGAGGCGUAUGGCUUAUUAAAAUACAUGAAGGUGGUGAAGCCACAUGUGGCUUCAAUAGAGGAGAUGGCCGUGUUUCACACAGACUCUUACCUACAGCACCUGCACAAGAUCAGCCAGGACGGGGACAACGAUGAUCCUCAAUCUGUGGACUUUGGACUGGGUUAUGACUGUCCGGUGGUGGAGGGUAUUUUUGAUUACGCCGCUGCCGUUGGAGGAGCCACUCUGACUGCUGCCCAGAAUCUGCUGGAUGGAAAGUGUGAUGUAGCCAUCAACUGGGCCGGAGGGUGGCAUCACGCCAAGAAGGACGAGGCAUCUGGGUUCUGUUAUGUGAAUGACGCCGUUCUUGGAAUCCUCAAACUGCGCGAGAAGUAUGAGAGAGUUCUCUAUGUGGAUGUGGACCUUCACCAUGGAGAUGGUGUGGAGGAUGCUUUCAGCUUCACCUCUAAAGUCAUGACAGUGUCUCUGCACAAGUUCUCCCCUGGCUUCUUCCCAGGUACAGGUGAUGUGGCUGACACUGGGCUGGGUAAAGGGCGCUGGUACGCUGUUAACGUCCCUCUAGAAGAUGGCAUCCGUGAUGAUCGGUACUGCCAGACCUUCAAUAGUGUGAUGCAGGAAGUCAAAGCUCUGUUUAACCCUGAAGCAGUUGUGAUGCAACUUGGUGCAGACACCAUGGCGGGUGACCCCAUGUGCUCCUUCAAUAUGACUCCCAUUGGAGUUGGAAAAUGUCUGAACUAUAUACUGGACUGGGAGUUACCCACUCUGCUUCUAGGAGGAGGCGGCUAUAACCUUGCCAAUACUGCCCGCUGCUGGACCUAUCUGACGGGCACCAUCCUAGGACAGACUCUGUCUUCUGAGAUCCCGGACCACGAGUACUUCACCGAAUACGGCCCGGAUUACUCUCUAGAGAUCAGCCCGAGCUGCCGACCCGACCGCAAUGAAAGCCAGCAUCUGGAGCGGGUCAUCAGCACCAUCAAAGGGAAUCUGAAGAAUGUAGUUUAGCAGUGGGCUCCCAGCUCAUGUUUCCAAAUCAGGCCCUGCUCCUCUAAUGAAGACAGUAUGUCGGAGCCAUCGCCAGAGGGGAGCUUGGAAAACAUUACUUGAAUGUUUCCAGGGAACAGUUUUUUAAACGCAGAGAUAGGCCAGUGUUGCCACAUUUGAAUGGUUUUAGUCAAUGUUGGAUCUGGGGCAAAUGUUUAAUGGGUGUACUUUUUUACAGAAAUCCAAAGCCAUUUUCGAUUGAAAAGCAUGAAUGCAAUAUGUUGUGGGUGCGGUAUGUUUUUUUCGUGUCACUCUUUCUGUUAAUAAGUGAAAUUUUAAUGGGCAGACUGACCAAACUACAAGUCAUGUUGGCUUCAUGAACCGUUUUGUGUUGCCUAUGGGAUGCUUUUUACCACGAUGUUUAUUUUCUUGUGCUUGAUGAGCGAGUCAAAAUUGCAAAUGUUUUCAAGCUGCCUGUCAACUUUAAAUAUUUUCUUUUUGUAUAAAUCAUUUUCUGUUAUAUAUUAAAAUACAGACAAAGAAA